AUGUCUGAAGAGCUUAAAAUGUGUGCAGUGCACAAAAAGCCACUGCCAUACCACAUUUAUACCAUUUGGCUUUUCACACGCAGCGACUUGAAGACGAUCGUUGGCCCAAGCACACUGUUUGCAUUGGUUGGCCUUCUCUCUGGUCCGAUUCUGACCACUAAUCCAUCGCCUUUACUAUUUGAAACUGCGAAACGCCUACCGAGGGCUCUGGCCUGGAUAUGGAUCAAUCUCUUACCAUUCAACAUCGACAACCAGCGCCAGCCAAACAGUAUCGCAGAAGAUCUUAAGAACAAGGCAUGGAGACCAUUACGAUCGAGGAGACUGAGUCCGGAGCAAGCAACACGUCUUAUGUUGGCCCUUUAUCUGCUUGCGUUCCUAUCAAGCCUAGCACUAGGAGGCGUUUGGCAAUGCAUCGGACUCAUGGCCCUCGGAUACUGGUACAACGACCUGCAUGGAGGUGACAGGCUAUAUAUUCGGAACUUCAUCAAUGCCUGCGGAUACAUUGUUUCACCUCCGGCGCCUUGCUUGUUGGAUCAAACGGCACUACCACUUCCAUCAGAUCUGAAGCAUAUCAAUGAGGUUCAGGUUAUUAAUCAAGAUCUGCCACAGCCUCAAGAUCUUCGGGAACCGAAAGAGAGUCAAGUUUACGAUAACCAGGAACUUCAAUCCCAGGAUCUGUCAAAGCCUCAGGGUUUGGCAGAUACUCAAGAUCUAGUAGAGCCUCAAAAGGAUCUACUAGAGCUUCCUCAAUUCAAGGAUCUACCACAGCCUCAGGGUUUGGCAGAUCCUCAAGAUCUUAUUCAGGAACCGAAAGAGAGUCAAGUUCACGAUAACCAAUCUAAGGAUCUGGUAGAGACUCAAGAUCUGCCAGAUAAGUAG